AGGAGGGCGCAUCCCCCGUGCCUGCACCUCUCCAUCUAGUGCCGGUCACUUGUCAGCCCCACAGCACCCCACCUUUAUUAUCAGUUUACACAUCCAAAGCACUGGGAAGUUGCAAACCGGAGCCCUGGGAUGGGGAAGUGAAGCCAGCGACGUGGCUGCUGGGGAAAGAUGCAGACUGUGCAAGAGGUCAGCUGCCAGCGCCAAGCCCCCCGUCAGCUGCAGCCAUGAGCAACUGGAGGAAGGACCACCUGGGUGCCAGCAGCUCAGAGCCCCUCAAGGUCAUCAUUAUCGGCAAUGGUCCCUCCGGCAUCUGCUUGUCCUACCUGCUCUCCGGCUACACCCCCUACGUGAAGCCCGAUGCCGUGCACCCACAUCCCCUGCUGCAGAGGAAGCUCUCCGAGGCGCCGGGGGUCUCCAUCCUGGACCAGGACCUGGACUACCUGUCCGAAGGCCUCGAAGGCCGCUGCCAGAGCCCCGUGGCCCUGCUCUUUGAUGCCCUCCUGCGCCCAGACACAGACUUCGGGGGGAACACGGAGUCCGUCCUCACCUGGAAGCUCCAGAAGGAGCGAGCCAUCCCCCACGUGGUCCUGGGCCGGAACCUGCCUGGGGGAGCCUGGCAUUCCAUUGAAGGCUCCAUGGUGACCCUGAGCCAAGGCCAGUGGAUGGGGCUCCCGGACCUGGAGGUCAAGGACUGGAUGCGCAGGAAGCGCAGAGGUCUCCGUAACAGCCGUGCCACAGCCGGGGACAUCGCUCACUACUACAGGGACUACGUGAACAAGAAGGGCCUGGGCCAGAGCUUUGUGUCCGGCGCCGUGGUCACGGCUGUGGAGUGGGGAAUCCCCGAGCCCAGUGGUUCUGGGGCCCAAGACCCCAGCCCCCUCUUCCAGGUGAGCGGCUUCCUGACCGCCGAGGACCAGAGCCAGCAGCCCUUCUCCCUGUGCGCCCACAACGUGGUCCUGGCCACGGGCACGUCGGACAGUCCGGCCCGGCUGGGCAUCCCCGGGGAGACCCUGCCCUUUGUCCACCACGAGCUGUCGGCCCUGGAGGUGGCCACCAGGGCAGGCACAGUGACCCCAGACUCGGACCCCGUCCUCAUCAUCGGCGCUGGGCUGUCGGCGGCUGACGCGGUGCUGUACGCGCGCCACUACAACCUCCCCGUGAUCCACGCCUUCCGCCGGCCUGUGGACGACCCGGGCCUGGUCUUCAACCAGCUGCCCAAGAUGCUGUACCCCGAGUACCACAAGGUGCACCAGAUGAUGCGGGAGCAGUCCAUCCUGUCGCCCAGCCCCUACGAGGGCUACCGCAGCCUCCCCGAGCACCGGCUGCUGCUCUUCAAGGAGGACCGCCAGGCGCUGUUCCAGGACCCCCAGGGCCUCCAGAAGGUCUUCGGCCUCUCGCUGGUGCUGGUCCUCAUUGGCUCCCACCCCGACCUCUCCUUCCUCCCUGGGGCAGGCGCCCACCUCGCCGUGGACCCUGACCAGCCUCUGAGCGCCAAGAGGAACCCCAUCGACGUGGAGCCCUUCACCUACCAGAGCACACAGCAGGAGGGCCUGUAUGCGGUGGGGCCGCUGGCCGGGGACAACUUUGUGCGGUUUGUGCAGGGCGGGGCCCUGGCCGUGGCCAGCUCCCUGCUGAGAAAGGAGGCCAGGAAACCGCCUUAGCCCUCGGCCUGGCAUCCUCACACCCAGGCCCUAAAGAGGAGGGGAGAUCACCACAGCCCUGCUGGACACAGAGGCCCUGAGGGAAGGGGCCUCUCCCGGCAGGAGACAGGAGUAGCCAUGAGCUCAUGCAACAGGCUCCUCAGAUGAAGAGUGGGGAACUCUUCCGACUCAGACCAGAGCUCAGCGUGGGAACUAUGGCCCAGACCUGCAACUUGGGGUGAAAGGUGCCAGUGUGCACGGGGACCAACGGGGCCAGCUGAGCGCUGAGCCAGGAGGACUCCAGACUCGCUCCUUCCAAAAUCGGGUCCCAAAUAAAACCAGCACCUGCCUCUA